CUUAGUUUGUUACAGAAUCAAUAAGCUGAGGGUUAGUUGAUAGAGAGACAGGUUAAUAUUAAAGAACUAAACUGAUGUCAUCAUAGAAGAAUAUAGUCUUUCAAAAUGUGAUAGUUUCAUACAGAACAGGAUAGAGUUCUACAUACAUUAGUAGUGCACUAAGCAUCUUUUUCUUUUCUUGUACGAUUCUGGUGCUUCAACAAUCAUGAGGUUGUUACUAACGUUUACCAGAAGUCAAUGUUUCAUCUAUCUACUCAGCCAUCUUUUGUUCAUAAGUAGUUCAGCUACGUUGGUGAAAAACACUUCCAAAGCCGAUGUUUCAAAGUUCAGAAAUGGUGUUGCUGUGACUGACACUGCCAACUGCAAACUGGUUCCAUCCCAGCGUUAUCCUGGCCUCUUUGUCAGCAGUUCUAAACUUCGACGAGUGACCACCAAUUCUAGCGUUCUGUUCAGCGACAGCUACCAGAUUAGAAGUGUCCUUACGAGAAUCCCUGUCAAUAUCUCUACAGAAAGUAGCUGGGGCACCACCACGACGACUUCUCGUCCAAAUUUUAGAAUCACCGGUGAUCCUUGUUGCACCACGACAAUGUCUAUGACAGUUCCGUCUACCGUGUCUCCAAAGUACAACCUUCAGCAGGAAUACACAGUGAAACAACUGGCGUCGUCCUAUCAGAUUAUACACGAGAGUCAAUGUGCUAACCCAGGCGCAGCGUGUACUUUGUCUGGUGUCUGCAAGCUCGCCUACAGGGUCCAGUGGGUCCUGGUGGAAGGCUACGAUGGCAGCGACAUGUUUAUCCCAGUGGAAGUCGGGAACCACUGUUACUGCCAGUACCGCUGACAUCUCGUGAGACACGCUGAAGCAUGUAGAUUCUAUGCAGGAUUUAUCUUCAUGAUUGGAACACCAUACUAAAGACGUCAAAGUCUACGCUUACUUAAUGAGGGACUUGUCAAUUGUGUAAUCUCAAAAUAAAUUAUAUGCUUUACAUUUAGUGGACAAUUUAUAUUUAAUAUUGAAUAUAAUAUUGAAAGUGCAAUAACUCUUACCAUGUUUAGUUGUGUUUACUCUAGUCAUAUUGCUUUGCAUAUUUACUUUGACAUCAAAUUUAGGCCAUGUUGCAAUGUACUAUGGCACCUAACAAAAUUUAUAGCAUAGAUCUCUAGUUUAUGUAAAUAAAAGCAUGUAGAAAAUAGA